AUGGAUGAGGAAGAAGCAGAAUUAAAAACAACUGAAGGGGCUGUUAGUGUGGCAAAGGACAAAGAAAAGCCUACUGGGGAUACAUCUUCAGAAUUAUCACCAAAAAAUUCACCAAGAAUUAAUGGUUCUGAAGAAGAUAAAGAAAGGGGAAUCCCAGAUGAUAAUGCCUCUGUCAACAAAAAUUUUGAUACCACAGACAUGUCUCAAAACCAAGAUAAAGAUUAUGGGGCAGUACCACUUAUAGAAGACCCAAAAUAUAAGUCAGUAGUAUUGAAUCAGAAUUUGCAAAAUGGAGAUAAAGAAGAAACUGAAUCAGAAGAAUCAACAAUUCUUCAAGAUCCUGAUGGAAUUACCGACAAGGAGAAAGAUACCAAUCCUGAUAUUUCAAAAGAUAUGUCAGGAGAAGCCAAUAACCUUGUUGAAAAUGUUCCCCUAGAAGAAACAGAGAAAAUUGAAGAUGUGUCAGUUUCCAUGCCUCAGUUGAAUUCCCCAGCUAUUUCUCCCAGAAGUCCGAUCAGGUCUAAUGAUGAGGAUUCUGGUACUAAAGCUGGUGAUAAUGGACCUGCAAUUGAUGAAAAUUUGGCCAAUAUUGAUGAUAGAGUUUAUCAAAAAGAGGAAGACACCUUUCAAGAUGAGCACCAACCUGGUGAAUCACCCAGAGAUACUUCAGUCAAUUCACCGAGGACACCUUUAUCUGGUGUAGCCAGUGACCAAGGUGGUUCAUUUGAUGCUUAUUCUGAUGAAGAAGAUAACAGUUUGAUUGCUCAACAAUUAGUUAACCAGGUGAUUGAUAAAGCAGUGGAUACUGUCAAUGAUCCUGAUGGAACAGCUGCUUAUGACUUAGACAAGUCUGGAGAAAAUCAUCAUAAUGGAUCAGUUGAAGGACAAUAUCGUCCAGCAGAUGACUUUGGUCUGGACAACCAGAUUGAUGGAGGCAAUAAUGAUAUUUCUGUGACUGGGAAAACCACUGAUCCUGGUGAUGAUCCUUUCAAUGAUGAGCUGACUAAUAUAUUUCUGCAAAGGGGGAGAGGAAAUGGUGAGGAAUCUGAUGGAGAUGACAGUCAGCAACAAGUAGUGCAACCAGAUGAUGCAGAUGGUAGUCGUAUAUCAGUUCCAGCUCAGCAGGAUGACGAUAAUGAUACUCACCAGCAUCUUAACAAGAACCCCACAAACCAGUUUGAAGAUGUCAGUGAUAUAGAAUCCUUUCAACAAGAAGCAACUGGUAAUAAUGAAAAUAUCCCUGAAGAAACUGGCAGAACUGAACCUUCAGCUCAAGGUGAAACACAAACAAAUGGUAUGUUUAGCUCUCCAGAAGAUGGCGCUCUAUUGACGGAAGAAGAUGAUAUGAAAGAUUCACAAAUUACUGAUGUUCUGGGAGUUAAGGAAUGUUUGAUAUUUGAGACUGGAGAAAUCAAUAAGGAAAAUAAAAAGUCUAGGAUCAGGUCUGAUUCAUCCUCUACAGCAUCUCCUGUAAAACCUGAUUCUGACCCAAGAAUCCCAAAUUCACCUCAAGGACAAGAAGAUAAGAAAGUUUUCAAGAUCAACAAAGCUGCUUUAAAUGAUGGUGGUAUUAGUAUUCAUCCAGAUGGUCUUAAUGAAAUGGUUCACAUUGCUUCUGAACAGACUGGAACAGAGAUAAGAAAUCCAUCAGACACUCCAGAGCAUGAUGAAGAACUUGUCAGUGACAGCCAGAUGCUGACUCAUGAGACUUUCAGUCCCUCACCAAAAGCAGCAAGGCAUGCCCCAUCUUUUAACAUAGAUAACUAUAAUCAUAUUCGUAAGGAUUUGUUCACCAGAAGAAGUGGGGAUGAGGAUCAGGAAGAAGAUUAUAUUCCUGAGCAAGAGAAUAAGGAAAACAUUCCAGAGUCCAGAUCAAAGAAGAAAUCCCGCAAUUCACCUUUAGGUCGACCACCUGCCGGUCGUGUGGUUCAUCAGGAAGAUGGCAGUAGGUAUUCCCCCAAUGUGGUUUCAUCUCCACCAAGUUCUGGACCCAUACCAGGUUUUAACACCAUGCAAGAACAACAGGUGAAUUGGUUGAGAAUGUUUAAAGUUUUAGAAGACCAACACAGAACAGAAUUGAAAGCUCAAUAUGCUAAACAUUCACAGAUGAUUGAACAGAUGCAGAAUACGAUGGAAACAGAAUUAAAAAAGCAACAAAACAACAUACAACGAAGACUUGAAGCUCAUCGUGAUGCCCUGACAGAAACAGCUCAAGAUGAAUCUAGUAGUCUCAGUGUAUAUGGUUAUUACACCAAUGAUCCUGGAAAUCUUCGAAGAUCACCAAAUAGGAGAUCACCAAGAUCAGGAUCAGAUGUCUAUUUGUCUGCAGCUCGUUCACCUCGUGCUGAUAGCUAUCAUUCUGAUUCAUCUGAUAUAGAUCCUUUAGAGAUUCGACGUAGAAUGUAUACCACCGGUAGCUCUAGGGCACCUGCUGGUAUACCAGGCCUAGCCGAUAUAUCUGAUUAUUCCACUCUUCCUUCCGAUUCCUUCCAUGUCAAGAAAACAUUAGAUGCUGAAUACGAUUCCACACAAACUUCCAUUUUACUGUCUGAGGCACAACGUUCUCCCAGAUCAUUACUUGAAAGACCUCGAUCAGCUGAUGGAGGGGAGAGGUUAUUAAGAGGUGGUGUCUACAGUACUCCCAUGCCUAUGUCUAAAGGCAGAUCACCUCAGACUGUGUAUGAUAGUGGAGUGUUAAAUGAUACUAUAUAUAGAACUGGAAGUGGUACCAAACCAUCAAAAACCACAGAAUUACAAUACCAGGGCCAUGGUGAUAUUGGUACUGAUGUAAAUGAGGAAUCCUUAUACAGUUCUAAUGUGAAACUGCGAGAGAAACAUGCUAAACAUGUAGCUGAUUUGAAAGCUUAUUAUGAAGAAGAAAUCCAAGCAUUACGUUCAGCAUUAAGCUCCUCCCACUCUAAUAAAGAGACACCUAAUGAGAGAAUAUUAAAGGAAGAUAAUCAAGAUUUACGUCGAAGAUGUGAAGAUUUAACGGAUGAAUUAGAUGAUGCUAAUAAUUGUAUUAGAGAUUUAGAACAGAAAAUUCAAGGACUAGAAAUAAGAGCGAAUGACUAUUCAGAUCGGUAUAAAGAUUCUCAAGUGACUGUCUUGACGUUAAAGACUAGGUUAGAAGAAUUACAUAGUUAUGCUAAAGAAAGAGAUCACAUGUUAGAUAGUCUUGAACAAAAAGUCAAACAUCAAGCCAUAGCUUUACAAGACUCUUAUAAGAUUCAAGAUGAGUUACAACAAACAUCUAAACAUGAUCAAAUGGCUUUACAGAGGACAUUAUGUAAAUAUGAAGAUCUUGAUAAAGAAUAUAGAUUAUUGAAGGAAUCAUUUAUCAGUAAAGAAAGAAGUUUAUAUGAUGCUAGAGCAGAAAUAUCUGAUUUGAACAAAACUGUUUCGAGAUUAGAAUUAAAGAACAAACAACUGAUGAGAGAAAAUGAUAAUUUAUUACAUAAAUCAGCUAUAGCCAUGAAUAUGUCCUCAGCUAAAACUAAUUAUGAAGAAUCUUACUCAUUACCUGAACAAUCCUCCGAACAAUUCACAUCCUAUAUGUCUAACCAUUAUGAUAAAAAUACUGGUCCCAAACGCCACGAUAAUUAUCAAGACUCUAGCCAUUACAACGAAUAUAAUUUAAAAGUUGAUUUGCCAGAUAAACCUAAAAAUACUCGAGUUUCACCAUUGAUUAAAGCUGAACAAGAAUUAAUCAAACUUCAAACAAACACAAACUUAUCAGACAAUUUAGAUUUCAAAACCCAGAAGAAAUUUUAUGGAAGUGAUAAUAACUAUCCACCAUGUAAUCGUGAUAUUGCUUCUGGAUCACGAAUCGACAUCAAAGCACCUGGCAAGAAUGGUGAUAUGUCUCCUGGAACUAGAGCAACUUGGAACAAAGGUCAGCCAAAACGAUCGAAUUUAAAAGCACCUGUCAAAGAUAUGUCUACCCCAAGUCGAUUUGAUGUCAGUGUUAAGGAAGUUGGUGGUAAUGGAAAGGAGAAGAAGAAAGUUGUACAAAUUCAGGAGAAGAAUCGAACUAGAUCUCCAAGAAAUGGUUCAAAUUCACCUGCACCAGUAAGAACAGUAGGAGAUGAAGUAAGUAGGAAACUCAAUGGUGUUGAUGAAACCUUGGAUAAAAUUCGACAAGGAGAGGUAAUUAAUAAUUGGAAAGGAGAUAACUCUAGCCAAAUAUCAUCUACAUCAUUUAGUACAAAAACAGAGUCAGUACCUGUACAAGCCAUGACUCGAGAAGAGAGAAUUAAAGAGAGGUUACAAAUGAUUCAACAACAGGAAAAGAGAUAUGAUGAGUUAACUAUAGAGAAAAGACAGUUGGAGUCAGCAUUAAAUAGAAUACCAAUCCAUGGUCGAGUUGGUCGCAAAUCUAUUACUGAAAAGGAUGAUUUAGAGAAGAAGUUAGAGAAAGUUGAACAUGAACUAGGAUCAGUCAGAAUGUCAUUACGAAAAUAUCAAGUUUUAAAGUCAUCACGUUAA